AUGUCAUCCGACUACUCGCACGACCAACCACCACACCAACAGCCGCACUUCCACUCCUCGCAGCCGCAGAUUCUCCGGCCCCUGCCGCGACGCCCCUUCGAACUCAAUCUCACGCCCGCCACCAGCUCCUCCAGCGCAAGCUCGCAGCCCUCGCCGAACCCCCACAACGCCGGCCGUGCCGAUGCCUCGUAUCCCCCUCUCUCCGCGCAGCUCGAUGCCCGCCUCAAUACUCGCUCGUCGACGCCCGCCGGCCUGGACGCCGCCGACGACUCGGACGUCAAGCGCAGCCGCAGCAUCCUGAACCUCACCGCGAGCACGUUGUUCGGCAUCUACCAGCCCACUGCCGGCGGCGGCGCCGGUGGCGACAAUGGCAGCGAGCCCCCGACGCCCUGGGGCACCGGCGCCGAGACGCCCGCGUACAUCGGCGGCGGGGGCAGUAGCAGCGAGCUGCGCGAGUGGGAGCAGCUGCGCCUCGCCGGCCUGGGGUCGCGAAACGCGGCCAACCCAGCGCCUCCCUCUUACCAGACGAGGAGCGUAUCAGGGGCGGGAAGGGGUGCUGUCGUUGCGUCUUCUUCGGGUGCCGGGGCUGCCGCGUCUACGGGUUCGCGGAGAGGGUCUUUCGUCGAGGGCGCUGCGGAGAAGGGCGGAAAUAGGGUUUUGGGGUUGGUUGCGAGAGUGGUGGCGCUGUUUGGGUUUGGCGUCGUUUACGGUGUCAUGAUCAGCCAUUUGCACGAUAAUAGGCACAUUGCGCCCGUCAGGGUUGAGGGCAUUGACCGUGGACACUGGGGCUACCUUGUUUUCUGGGGUUUGGCAGGCGUGGCGCUGGGCAGCGCGCUGCCGUGGGUUGAUCUCUUCUGGGAGGGACGGAAAGCGGCUGCCAUUGCGGGCGCGAAGGGUAAAGAUGGGAAGAGAAGAUUGAAAGGACAGGUGCCGAGCGUGGUGGGUACUAGGUCGAGGGAUGGUGCGAGUCAAGAGUGGAAUGAUGUGGUGAGGAGUGUGGGUGCGUUUGUGGGGAUUGCUUUCGCGAUUCGCAAACUUCAGUGGCAAUCGACGACUCAGAUCUCGCUCACCCUGGCCCUUGUAAACCCGGCUCUGUGGUACCUGCUCGACCGCAGCAAACCCGGCUUCACGCUAUCUAUGCUUGUCGGCAUCACCGGCACGGCCAUCAUGUUGCUCCUAGGCCAGCAUUCCAACUCAGUCGCCUUCAUUCCUAGCCCGCCUAUUGUCGGCGGAAGCGGCCCCAACUCUAGUCUUCGAGGCGACUACGAGAGCACCGUCGGGGUGGCUACGUGGUUCGCCAGCGUGCUGUUCUGCAGCUGUGUGUGCUUCGGCAAUAUCGGGAGGAAGCUGGCCCUUCAGGGUUGA